UGUAUUUUACUGUUUGAGAUUACAUUGAGAAGUAGUCGGUCAACUUCUCACAUUGUUUUGAUAACAUCAGCAAGUGGGGAGGGAGGACUCAGAAGUCUUACCUCUCAUAUCCUGUGAUGAUGAUGUGCCACAGUUGUUAUGGUGGACUCAGGUGACAUCACAAACCAUGUAAUGAGCAGUCAAGUAUUUCCAUAGGUGGUUGUGUUGGUGGGUUGCUGGUGGCCAGAAUUCCCUAGUAAGCUCAAGGCAGGAUGAAGAAAUACUACGAUCUGGUAACUAAAAAAAAUGUGUUAACUGCAGCUACAGGAGCUACAGCCAUCUAUCUGGUGUCCAAGACUCUCCUAUCAAUGUUCAGAAGUCCCCCCUACAACCCGGAUCAAAUGAAUUUUGCCAAUCUAGCCGUUGAGUAUUAUCCAGCUCCAUCUGCAAGAGCAAAUGUUCCUGGAGAGCUCAGGAGACUCCUGCUGUCUCUCAGCCCAAACCUAGAUGACAACUCCAAGAGGACAACGCUUCAUACCAUCACUCAGUGUAUCUAUCUGAAGGAAUCAGAGGCAAACGCUUGCACCAAUGAUGACAUUAGAUUGGUGGCAUUAUUCCUGGAUGACGGAGACAAAGCCGUCAAAACAGAGGCACUACAUGCCCUCAAAGCUUUCACUGUCGUCUGGAGGUUCAAAAUCAAAAUCCAGGAAUACGUUCCCAAGAUUGUUGAGCUGGUGACUGGCUCCUGGGACCCCACCCUUCAGGUUGCAGGGUUGAGGCUGCUGAACGGGUUGAAUAUUCCAGACAACACCCACACUCUCCUGAGAGGGAUGCUGCCAAACUUCCUGGAAAUCCUUCUCAUGGCAAACACUAUGGCCAAGGUGCAGGUUCUCAAGCUUCUUAGCACGCUGGCCCAGAAGGAAGACCUGCUGCAUGACAUCAUGAAUUGUCGGACACCCGCUGAGUUCCUGAGCCUCUUCCAACCAUCCCUGCCAGGGAACCUGCUCUAUGAGAUGUUAGUCUUUGUGGAGCGCCUCAGCGAAGGGCGCCUCUCCCCGCAGUACCAGUCGAUGCAGUGGCAGUACAGCGACAACUCCCUUCACGAAACCAUCUUUGGCAACAACUCCCGCCUCUCCGACCGCCUGCUUGCUCUCAUCAUCCACCCCGAGGAGGAGGUGCAGGCUCAGGCCUGCAAGGUCAUCCUCAGCCUCCGGCUCAACAGGGAAGAGAGCAAGGUGGUCAGUGCCCUCCCCUUUGGGGCCAACAUCAGUGUCCACCCCCUGGAAUCAACGAGGAUUAGCCAAGUCUCCAACCCCUCUGACCUGAGCAGCCACACUCUCGGUCCCAACAACGUCUCCUCUGAGCCCACCGGCACCAACGUCUCCUUUGACAGCACCCAUGACAACAGCGGGCGUAGCUUCCACACCCUCCAAGGCACUGAUGAGACUGGACACAGCUUCUAUCCCCUUCCAAGAGCUGACCACAGCUUCUACCCCCUUGAGACUGUCAGCAGCCACAUUAUUCAGGACCAAAGAGUCAACAGCUUCAAUAUUCCACCAGCUUGCUAUUCGGGUGAGAGUGACAACAGUGUUUAAAGGGCCCAUUUCUAGACGAAAGAGCGAAUGAUAAAAGAGUUGGAGAAGAGAUGACAUCACCAUUUGUCUCUCCCUAUGUAAGGAAAAGGUCCGGGCAUGUAAGCAUUCAGGAUCCUACCUUCUACCUAACAAAGCUUCUAUGUGCAUUAGAAUCUGGAGUGUACUGAUCAUUUGCUCAUUACCAUCAAUGUAUGGUCUGCUGAACUUUGCUGCUCCAGUUCAAGGUUCAGAGUGCUUAGAAAAUCAGGUCCAUCCAAAUGUCUGCCAGCCUGCCCUCAUGGUGGUCUCUGAAGGGGUGUCUCUAGAGUUAGGUUAGAAACAUUAAGAACGUGCCAAAAUAAUGGGGAGAGAAAGAUCUGGUGUGUUACUGAGAAACCAGUAGUUGGUCAGUAGCUUUUAUUGUUUAUAACCAAUGGUCAUCACAAUACAGUAUGAGCAGAAACCACACAACUACAUAAUGAAAGACAUUGCAUGUGCCAGACCAGAACAAAUCUACAAUGUUCAAAAUUUAGCAGUGUUCCUUCUGGUCAGCAUCUCUGGAUUUUGGCACUUGCACUAUCCAGAAAGUUUGCCCUUAUCUUUCUUGCCACUAAUGCAAAUAGUGCAGCCUAUAGCUGAUGAACUUAUCAACCUCUGCCAACAACCAUUUAAUUUUCAAAUCAUCUGGUUGACCUUCUAAGGCGAUCUGAAGAGGGGAGAUAAACUUAGCUCUGGGUGAAUCAUACAAUAGGCAAUAUAAAAUAUACCGUAAUGUACUAGAUCCUCAAUAUAUAUGAUCCACAUAUACAAAGGCGCUCUUUUACAUAUUUUUUAGUAUAUCUCCCAGCCAGAAAUUCAGUAGGCAUUGUCUGAAAACUGAGCUGGGUGAAAGCAUGUCUUACGGGGGGUGGGGUGAGUUAAUUAUCGCAAAUACAUAGCCCUUUUGUGGCCUCUCUUAAUUUUACUGUACCAAGUGGCAGAUUUACAAUUUUUUGUAUAUUCAAGGUCUUUUUUGCAUUUUCGCCAAACACAAUAUCUCAUAUCUUGUGCUCAGGAGCAUCUGACAGUAUUACUGCUGGGGAGAUUGAAUAACUCUGCAUCAGACCUCUACAAGAUUUUAGCCAGCCUUCCCCUUUCUGCAAAUCUGAAAAACAACUUUGGGUUAUGUGUUGUUCUGGCUGCAAUGAUAUUCCCCCCGAUUCAGUCCUUAGUAGUGCUCCAGGUGUACUGUGUGGCAGUGCCAACAUCACAUGCAGGAAUUUAUUUUGAAAUACAUCAAGUUCCUCCCUGCAAUGGUGACCCCAGAUAGGUGCACCACAUAAAAGGUGAGACACAAUCUUGGCCACAAAAAUCUUUAAUGUUGGUUCGGCUAAAUGAUGGCCCUCUGUGUAAUACAAUUUCUUUAUAGGCCCCAAUAAGCUUGUAGCUGAAAGUGUUGUUGCUUCUAAAUCGGUGUGGUUCAUGCUCUAAAUCGGACACACUAGUAGAUUGUGGUCUGGUACAAGGUUGGUUGCAACAGGAGCAUUACCACCAUGCAAGUAUAUGGUAAAAGAUUAAGAAAUAGGCUAUCAAAUGCAUAUUUGGGUUAAAAGUGAGUACAUGGUCUAGACCAAAGAAUGCAAUCUAAAGGGUAUACUAAGUAAUAAAAUUAUUUUCA